AAAUUGUCUAUGUACUUACUAAACCAGUGUGAACUUUGGUGAAGAUUUUACUGAAUUAUCAUCUAAUUCUCCAUCAAUCACUUCCAGCAUCUGGUGAAACAAGGACAAAUAACGCAACCUGCUUAAAGUUAUGAACCCAAAUUUUACGUAAAGGAAAACUCCUGCACGUCGUUACCAUGAAGAACAAAGUUUUAGAAAGUUAAAGUGCUGCAAGUACCCAGGGAGUGGCUGGAGGAGGGCUCUCUUUGUGACUAUGUGACUGUUAUAUUCAUUUCGUUGAGGAUGGCGCAGUUUACAUUUAUUUUUCAAGCAACACUAAGUAUGAUAUUGUUGCCAGGAUGGGAUAAAACGGGUGUCAUUGGAGGACAAAUUCGUCAAGACGGGGCUGAGAAGAGUGCCAGUGAACCGAGACUCUCUGCACCAAGACCAAAUGGCAGUGGCAGGCUACAACAACAGACGAGCUCAGAUACCCAGCUGGUGACACAAGUGUUAGCAGCCCUUGACAACACCAUUGGAUAUUAUGAAAAGAAUUACCCCCUUCUUAAUUUUGAUGGCAUAUUUGGUGCUAAAGUUGUAGAAGGUCAGCUGAAUCUUGUGGUUGCUGAGUACAAUAAAGGUUUCCUUACUGGCAUUAUGGACGACAUUAUGAAGAAUGACAUCUCACGAAUGGCAGCUAAGGCAGGACGUGUUGUGAAACUGGCUACUCCACAUCUACAUGAAAAAGAUCCAGAAUACAUGAAACGGUUGUGGAAGAUGUUUCAGCUGUCAUGGGAUAUUGGACAUUCUCAUCGCACUGUUGACAUGUCUCUACUUUGGUCAAGCAAUGUACGACAUCUUGGCCAAACUGAAACAUUUAAUGAACUGGAGAGUGAUCAUUGCAUGGCUGAACUAUUAGAACCAGCUAAUGGGGUGAUGUGCUGGAUGACAGAGAGUUGCCAAAGAAUGAUGACCAAACCUGGGAGACAGAAAUAUACCUUAAACCAUCAAAUACUUUACACAAUGGUUGCAGAAAUGAGUGGAUGUGGAAGUCGUUUAGAGCAGUGGUUGGUAAAACACAAACGAAGUGAAAGUGUGGAACAACUCCAAGGAGAACUGUGCUCCAAUCUCUACUCUGAGGCUCAUUCACUAGCUGCUGCCAUGUUAAAUGACAAUAAUCUUAAGUUCAGGGACCUUUUGCUGGAAAUGGAAUUUGUUUGUGGCAUGUUGGGCUAUGUGGAAUUUUUAAAACGAGACUGGCUAAUGGCUAUAUUUGAGUGGCAAAGUGAAUCUGGUUGCUUCACUGCCACGAAACCUCAUCUUACUGUCGGCCGAAAGUUGCUGAUAGAGGAAAUGCUCUCAGAUGGAUGUCUCUCACAUCUGACAGCAGUUGCAGCAGCAGCGUUGUCGGUUCAUCUACAUUAUUUGCUGUAUCCUGGACAGGGGACAGCAAAAAUCAAGGCAGUUGGUGCAAACAUUUCUCCACCCUCCUUGGUGAUGCAGCCUCCAGUUGGGUCUUUCCCACUGGAUACUGGGCCUGGUGUCUUCCUGAAUCAGGUUUUAUAUAGGGAAGAUGUUCCUGUAGGAUUAAAUAGGGUGGCUGAACAAGACAAGUCAUUGGAAGAUAAAGCUGAUGUUGUCUUAAAACAUUUAGAAACCGUGAAGAAGAAAGAGUCCGUAACACAAUCUGUGAUAACACAACUGUCCAGCAGACCAGGAGAUGUAACCAGGCACAGUAAGUUGGCCAUUCCUGAGCAAGCUGUUCCACUGGCUCAACACUUAUCAUCUACUGCAUCAGGAACAACUGUCCAUUCCUCAAUGGGUCCAUUCUAUUUUGUGAUAGCGAGUAUAGCAAUGGUUAUGCUAGUAAUGCUUAGAUAUGUUCAUGCCAAAAGAAGAGCUCAUUCCAUGUUUAGAAACAGAUUCAGACUUUAAAUAUUAGAAAGUUUUUUAGCGGAUUUGAUAAAGAAUGUUAUUUUGUAACAGACAAUUUUGAUACUUUUGCACAAAUAUUUACUUUAUUAGAUUUCUGAAUAUUUAAAACAGAGUAACAGUUUUGAAAGGGAAAUAUUAUUUGCAGGGUAUCUGUAAUUACUUAAUAACAGUUACUCGUUUUUGACCCAACCAAUAGCUAACACAUUGAUUCCUCAAAGGUCUUCCAAUCAUAACAUGUGUUCCUUACCAAUAUUAAGGUCUCAGAAGACAACCUUCCCCAGCCAUAUAACUUAUUUUGAUUUAUGUCCCCAAAAAUGUAUUUAUUUAUUUAAUUUUUUUGUCUUCUUGUGGUAAUUUUAAAGGUACAGGGGGUUCCCUGGUUAUGAACGGUUUCAAUUCCUGAGGAUGUUCUUACCGGUAAGUCGAAAAUGUACCUAAAUCGAAACACAUGCUAUGUGCAUACUGUAAUUACAGAACAAUGUUUAAAAUCCAACUACAGUAUAUCAUAGCCAAAGUCCUUAUACUAUACAUCUAAGAUCACUUAUUUUAAGAGAAAAGAAGAAAUAAAAUUACAAAAUACAGGUACAGUAAAUGAAAGAAAAAUAUAAGUCAUCAGGUAAAUAUACUGGAAAUUUAAAGUUUAACUCAUCGCUCAAUCUAGUAACAUACCUUCUCCCUUGCUUUAUGUUAAUUUCUCCAGUUUCUCUUUUCUUUGAAUAAUUUUUACAAUUAGUUAUUGAAUAAUUGUUCGUAAGUCAGACGUUUGUUAGUCGGGGACACAAACACAUCCCGACACAAACACACCAUGGUAUACUAACAGAUACUCAUGGUCAUUGACACUUGUUUAACUAUUGCAAGGUUUUCAAUGAAAAUGCAGCAUCUACUAAGUGAUAAUGCAUUCAUAUUCCAGAAAUUGUUAGAAAAGGGCUUUAUCUUUUUUCCUUUGUCGGUGAUAGUAGAGCAGGGUUUAGUAGACUGUAGCUGUGAUUUAUUUAUUUUUUUAAGUAACCCUUCUUACAUUUUCCUGUCAGUUCAGCUUUCCUUAUUAUGGUCAAUGACAGAUGACCGUCCACUAUUGUUUACCUCAGUGCCUGACUCAUCGCUCAAUCUAGUAACAUACCUUCUCCCUUGCUUUAUAUUAAUUUCUCCAGUUUCUCAUUUCUUUGAAUAAUUUUUACAAUUAUUUAUUGAGUAAUUGUUUAUACCUGCAUAUAUAUAUAUAU